UUCUCCCCCGCACACCACGCACACGCACACAGCAUGACAGCAAUGGAGGCGCUCCCGCCCUCUCCGGAGAAAGGACCCGGCCGCAAGCGCGCACCGCUUGCCCGUCGUGGCGUCGGACCCGUGGUGGACUCCCGAACCUCCCGUCCAUCGUCGCCUCAAAAAUCCAUCGCUCCCCGCCACCGACAUUCGCUCCCCGCCGCCCCGUCCGCGCCCCCUCCCCCCGACCUGCCUCUGUCGUGCCGUGCUCCCGGCCCACCCAAGCUCCACUCGGGCCCAAUGCGGCCAUAAAGAUCUCUCCCACACUUCUCCUCCGCCCACCGCCGCGCCCCAGGACUGCCGCCGCCGCCGCCUCUCAGCCCCGGCAAACCCCUUUCGCCGCUGACGCGCGCGCCUCCCUCCCGUUUCUGCCCCGUCGAGUCGACGCUGCUGCCGCUGCCCCGUCAGCAGUUUUGGAAACUGGUUGCUGAGGUGGACAAGGGCCGUUGAAUGCAAUGGAAGGGGGUGCCAGUGUAGCUGGAAAGGCUGAGUUUAAGGAGUGCUUACGCCUGACUUGGAGCCAGCCUUAUAUUCUUCGACUUGUUUUCUCUGCUGGCAUCGGCGGUCUUCUUUUCGGAUAUGAUACAGGUGUCAUAUCUGGAGCACUUCUGUUCAUCCGAGAUGAUUUUAUCGAGUUACAAAAGAACACUACUCUAAGGGAAACAAUAGUGAGUAUGGUUGUAGCUGGAGCUAUUGUUGGAGCUGGACUUGGUGGCUGGAUGAAUGACAGAUUUGGAAGGAGGCCUUCCCUCAUUAUCGCAGAUGUUCUGUUCCUUGCAGGUGCCGCUAUCAUGGCCUUUGCCCCGUCACCUGCUGUUAUCAUUGUUGGGAGGGUCUUUGUUGGUCUUGGAGUUGGAAUGGCUUCCAUGACAGCUCCUCUGUAUAUCUCCGAAGUCUCCCCGGCUAGAAUAAGAGGGGCGCUAGUGAGCACAAAUGGCCUUCUUAUCACUGGAGGGCAGUUCAUGGCAUACCUUAUUAAUCUGGCAUUCACCAAGGUGCCGGGAACUUGGAGGUGGAUGCUUGGCAUUGCAGGAUUCCCCGCCCUUCUUCAGUUCAUACUAAUGUUGACGCUCCCAGAAUCACCAAGAUGGUUAUACAGGCAGGGUAGGAAAGAGGAAACUGCUGCCAUUCUGCGGAAGAUUUACCCUGCAAAUGAGGUGGAAGAAGAGAUUGAGUCCUUGCGAAAAUUAGUUGAAGAUGAGAUGGUCCUGGAGGGGUCCAUAGGCGAGCAGAGCGUAUUUGGCAAGCUGAAGAAAGCAUUUGGAAGCAAGGUUGUCCGCCGUGGCCUCAUGGCCGGUGUCAUUGUGCAGGUCGCCCAGCAAUUUGUCGGCAUCAACACUGUCAUGUACUACAGCCCGACGAUCGUCCAGCUGGCGGGUUUCGCGUCCAACGACACGGCCAUGGCCCUCUCACUCAUCACCUCAGGACUCAAUGCCGUCGGCUCGAUCGUGAGCAUGUUCUUUGUGGACAGGGUUGGCCGGAGGCGCCUGAUGCUCCUCAGUCUUGUUGGCAUCGUCGUGUGGCUCGCUGUGCUUGGCAGCACUUUCCUCAGAGCCGCACACAAUGCUCCACCUGUCAGCGAUGUGGAGACGCGUCCGUUUGCUAAUCAGACGUGCCCAGAGUACAACCCCAACGUCCACUGGAGCUGCAUGGACUGCCUCAGGGCCGCAUCCACGUGCGGGUUUUGUGCUCAUGAAGGAAACGCGCUUCGUCCCGGCGCUUGCCUGGCACUGAACAACGAAACGCGAGGGGUGUGCCAUGCCGACCACCGCGAGUUCUACUCGGAAGGGUGCCCAAACAAGUAUGGGUGGCUGGCGCUGCUCGCGCUGGCCGCAUACAUUGUCUCCUACUCGCCCGGCAUGGGCACCGUGCCAUGGAUCGUCAACUCGGAGAUAUACCCGCUGCGCUUCAGGGGAAUCUGCGGUGGCAUCGCCGCGGUGGCCAACUGGGUGUCCAACCUCAUCGUGACGCAGACGUUCCUGACCCUGACCAAGGCGCUGGGCUCGGCGGCCACCUUCUUACUCUUCUGCGGCGUCUCGUUCAUGGCGCUCAUCGUGGUGUUCCUCACCGUGCCGGAGACCAAGGGCCUGCAGUUCAAGGAGGUGGAGAAGAUGCUUGGGAGCAAGAACUACAGGCCUUGGAAGCGGUACCACCCGGAGGCACCGACAAAAGGGCGCGAGAUUGGGGUCGCUAUGCUAUGAAAUCUGCAUCGACGGUAGCUGUUUGAAUUCUUCGGUUCUAAGUAGCAAUAGUCUUACAGCACAAGAUUAGCGUGUGUAGAGGCCUUCGUUACGGCAGUUUUUUUGGUUCUUUGGAAAAAGAGUAGCUACGUUACGACACUGUCGAUAUGUUAGUACAGUACUUGUUAGAGUUUUCCCCCUGUACCCCCCCGGGGUGUGUUUAGAACAGGUAAUGGAGUUUUGUUUCAGUGU